GUUUGUAGCGUCCUGUCACAGGGUCAGACACACAGCAGACAAGCCAGACUCACAAGCAGCUUCUGUGCCGCUGUGUUCAUGCACUGUAUGUUUGGCAGUAGUUGUUGAACUUGUCAUGCCAAUAAAGUAUCUGAAGUUGAGACAGAGGGGACAGAGAUUGGGCAGUUAUUUAUGAAACUUGGAAACCGUCCUUUAACAAUUCGCUGAUUGUGCAAAACCGGGAGAAAUAAGAGGGAGGAGAGAGGAGACAGAGAGACGAGAGGCCGCGCUUGUGUUUUUCUCUGUCGGUGUUUACUAGAAACUCGAACGUAGAGAAAACCGAACGGAUUUUUUUGUAUGUUAAAAAUAAAAAUCUGAUGAUUUUACAAAACGCCGACUGAAAAACCUGCAGCGACGUCCAGAGAGCAGAGAUGACGAUUACACCCUGUCAUUACCGAGCAGCCAUGUUGCUAAGCGGAGCCGGCGACGCCCUCGGUUACCGGAACCAGCUCUGGGAGUACAACCAAUCAGGGCCCUGCAUUCACCGGGAGCUGCAGGAAAUGGGUGGGCUCAAGAACAUUAUUGUGCAGCUCCCUGAUUGGCCUGUCAGCGAUGACACCGUGCUGCACCUAGCAACUGCGGAGGCCCUAGCAACAGGGAAGGAAGGUGAGGAGCUGCUGCAGGAAGUUGCUCUUCGCUAUGUUGAGGCCAUGAAAGACAUGGAGGGGAGAAAACCAGGACCAACGAGCAUUCUGGGUACCUCUCAGCUUAGGCCGGGUGUGCCCGGUGGAUAUCGGAUCCCAUUCAAUACCGAAGCGACUGGCUGUGGAGCCGCAAUGAGAGCCAUGUGCAUCGGGCUGAGGUAUCCUCGGCCGGAGGAGCUCCCUGAUUUAAUCAGAGUUUCCAUCGAGACAGGGAGAAUGACUCACAACCACCCUACAGGCUAUCUGGGCUCGUUAGCUUCGGCCCUGUUCACAGCCUUUGCAGUGCAGCGACGCCCACUCCUCUCCUGGGGGGUGGGGCUCGUGCAGGCGCUGCCGCUGGCAAUGGAGUUCGUCCAAUCAGCCGCCGUCGAUGUGGAGGAGAAUCUGAGAGAGUGGGGUUUCUUCACAGCCAAGUGGGAAUGGUAUCUCUCUGAAAGGGGUCUGGUGUCAGGGGAGGGGCCUGUGACUUGGCCUGACCCCUAUGGCCCUUCAGAACGUGACUCGGCCUAUCAGAGUUUCAGCCUGUCUGGGUGGGCGGGACGUAGCGGGCACGAUGCUCCAAUGAUAGCGCUGGAUUCCCUGCUGGGAGCAGGGCCUGACUGGGAAGAGCUGUGCAACAGAGCCAUGUUCCACGGAGGAGACAGUGACUCGACGGGGGUGAUCGCAGGCUGCUGCUGGGGUCUCCUGCACGGGUUUGAAGGGGUCCCUGAGGGAAACUACCACACCCUGGAAUACAGGAGCAGAAUGGAGGCCGUCACCAAGCAGUUAUACAAACUGGCAGGCUGGCAGGAAAAGUGAGCCGGAAUCAGUUACAAACUGCCUUUCUCUCUCAAAUAACUUGUUUGGUUGAUUGGUUAUUUUGUUUGUUUUGUUUAAUGUUUGCAAACACUCCUAAAGCCCCUCAUCCUCUGUCAAAGCCUGUUAAAAUAAACAGGUUUUAAACUUUA